CGUGUUUGCAUACCUUCUUAUUAUGUCGGUAAAUUUGUAAAGAACCGUUACGCACCGAGUUUGCUUCUCCUCGUACCAUUCUUUUCCCUUUGUUGUCAGGUCCUAGCUUUGUGUUCACCAUGCCACUAUUUCAGGAGAAUAGGUGGAGGUCUGCCAUCGUAGCCACCGUUGCAGUUGGAUUGGGCCACUUUGUGACCAAGAUGCUGGUUUCUCCAGGUUCAUCACAGUUGCUGCAAUCCUUCGUAGCGGUGAUCGCUAUUGGCGCACUCGUUUUCCUAAUCAUCAUGCAUCAUCGACAAGAAGGCCAGAUUCUAACCCAACCGCAGGAAGAAGCAGCGCUCAUCGGAGGUCUGGCCCUUCUGUGGAUUGUUAUUGUAGUUGGAUGGAGAGCGCUGAGUGGUGGAGGGGAUGAGUCUGGUAUUGGGUACUCCAGGGGAGGUGCGAUGUCCAGAGGGUAUAGCGGCUUCAAGGAUGACCCAGGGUACUACUAUGAUGUCGUUGAAGAGUACAUCUGGUGA